CCCUUUAAUUGUCAAUAUUUACAAAUGUCAACCAUUGUCAAAAAAAUAAUCUGUGUUUUAUGUCUGCAUAUUGAUUGAUAGAAAUGUUUUGAAAAUAUGUAAUAUUUAGUGUAAUAGUUAAUUUUUCUUUAAAUCAGAUCUGCUCCAUGAUAGCCCUGGAUCAAUCAAAACCCACUUUUCUUGAUAUAUAUAAGAUGGAUUUGGCGGAGACCAUGAAAGCUGUUUUAGCAAACAAACAUUCGAAUAUGUCUUCACAAAUGGGAGCACAUUCGGGAGUCAGUGAUACUCCUGGAACUGGUUAUGUGACUGAAAAAUUGUAUAUGUUAUUACAAUUAUAUCUGCAAAACAAGGGCUGGAGUCCCAGUGUAGAAUUAUUGCAAUGUUUUACUGAAUUAAAAGAUUCAGCAAUGCUUCCAAAUGCAGCAUAUCUUCAAGUCCUGGCUAGUCGUGUUGCACUGGAUUCACAAGGUAGAUUAGUUUUGAGAGAUUCAGGAAAAAUAGUUCUUCCAUUUGAACAUUUUGCAAAUGCAGUUAUGUUAAAACACAUGGGUGGACCCCAUGGACUUCACCUUGGCAUUGAAGCCACUGUGAGAGCAGUAAUGGAUUCCUAUACUAUUGGGAGAGAAAACCUUGGUAUGGAAAAGGACUUUAUUGUAGAAGUUGUGCAGUCAUGCCCAAGCCCUGCUUGUCGCUAUUAUAAAGGCCAUUUGAAUGCUCCUAUGGGUUCAACUUCAAAUACAUUUAUGACUCCAGAGCCUCCUCACACUCCACAAAACUUCACAAGUGAUCAAUUUAAUAUGAGUCAUUUGGGUGCUCUUAGGCAUAUUGCAGGUGCAGUGGAUUUAACUGGCCCUAUGGAAUCACCUAAGGGAUCACAUAAUGCAUCACAAACACCUAACAAGGGUCCAGCCCAGCAAAUCACUGCUGCCAUAAUCCAGCAGCAAAAUAGAGCCAUUGCUCAGCAAAAUUUAGAGAAAUUUGGAGCUCUUUCAUCUCUGGAAAAACAGCGAGUAUUGCAACAGCUGGACAAGAAGCAAUAUGAGCCUCCAUCAACUUCCAUAACAUCACAAAUAUCACAGAAUAAUAUUCCAAGUCCUAUGGAGCAUAAAGUUUCUGAUUUUUUGAGUCGUACCUCAACCUCAUCACUAGAUCUGGAUACAUUAUGUAGCAAUAAAGAUUUGCUGGCUUUGCAUAAUGGUGCUUGGGGUGGCAGUUCUGAAGCAUUGGGCGGAGCCCUGGGCGCACUCAGUGGAGGAGGUGUUGGUGGAGACAAAAUUGUUCGAGCGUUUUCUGAAUUGAUGAGGAACAUUGCUAGAAUGAAGACUUUUAUCAGACCUUCUAUGUGUAAACCUUAUGGCAAGCAGAGUGAGAGCUUACAAAAAACACUAAUUGACACCAUACAACUAGUACAGUCUUUGAGAUCUGUUUUGCCUGCUCCUCACAUCCCGGUUAGCUCAUGGAAAAGUGAAGAUAGACAUCGCAAAGAUGACACUGCUGCUGGACUUCAAGGCUUAACUUAA